GGCACCGCUACUGGCCAAAAAAAUGCAGCCAAAAUCACCCGGCGGGUUGAAAUGGGAUGGCUCCACUUUGAGAGUGGAAUGUAUCACCAGGUUAGAACGAGAAAAGGAGGAGGAACACGGAAUCUGUCCGUCCAGAAAUCAGUGACUAUGGGUGAACUGUUGGAGACAGGCAAAUGCUUGUUUUUUGCAAAUGGGCAUUCAUCAAAAGGACUGAUGGAAGACUUCGAGUUUGACAUUUGUGAUUACAGUCACAGUCCUGUGCCCCGGGAAGUCACGGUGGGCCAGCUGUACGAACAGACUAAACUAAAAAUGCUACGCAUCUACACAGCCACCAAGUCUAACAAGAUUAUACUUCUCUCUGAUGAAUCAUCGGACUUCGAGCCAACACAGAAAAGGCCACUGAAGGCUAGGACAAUGAAGACACGAUCCUUGAGGAACAAGACCAGGAGACUCAAUCAAGUGGAUCAUCCAGAGAGCUCCUCUGAUUUAGAUCUGGCUCCCAGUGGCUCAAUGCAGCAAAACCAUGAACAAAGAGGAGAGACAAUCAGCCAUUCAAGAUCAGCAACUCCUGAGAUGGGUAACACAGAGCUCCUGCAUCCACGACCUACUGAGGAUGUUGGCAGUCAUACUCAGCAGUCAACAAGAAGGCAUGGAUCUGAAGAUGACUGUUUAACGCCUGUGCCAAAUCAAGAUGCAGACCUGUUGUUAAGUGAUGUCUCAGAUUCCGCUCUUAAUCCUGCCAUUCCACAAUCUCUUGAGGACUCUGAAGUGAAGUUUGGACCCACUGUUGGUGAUGAUAGUGAUACUCAAGACACCACUCUUCCCUGGAAUCCAGAUGACUUGAGCAGCAUGCAGCAUUCUACAAUCAAUGAUGGUCCUGUAUCAUCAAGCAGUCUUCCAGCAUCACCAGAUCCAUUUGACCAAGAAAUCCUUAUUUUGAAAUUAAGACGAGUAAACAUAGUUGAUGAUGUCCUUAAUGUCUUCAUGGAUCCAAAAGUACUGAAUGCUAGUCUAAGAAUGGAGUUUACAAAUGAGAAAGCUAAUGGACAGUGA